GGUAAAGACUGCAGUGGAUCCGGAGUGCUGUUUAUUAUACACAUCAAGCGACUUAAAACGGAUCUGUUUUAUUUUUUUGGUGAUUAUACUUACUAGCAGGCUUCACAAGCGCCAUAACCAAAUCAUCAUCAAGGUAACUGAUACAGAAAAGCAGCCAUGUCACUCUAUCCCUCACUAGAAGACAUGAAGGUGGAUAAAUUCAUCCAGGCGCAUAACACUCCGAGCACCAGCCCAUCCAAAGCUGCACCUCUGCCACUACCAGCCUCUGCUUACUAUUCAUCUAGCCCUAACCACACUGGGUCAAAAAUUGAAGAAAUUGGAACUGGGACCUCUGGCAGUUUGUACCCUGAGCUGAGUGAAUUUAUGGGCCUAAAUCUUAGUCUUGAUACUGUGAAGGCCUUGUCUACAGUCCCUGGGCAAAGUAGUGGAGCUGUCAGCGUUGGUUCGUCUAACUGGGCAGCUGCUCCCAUUACUGGCAAGGACAUGGGCGUGAAAAGGGCUGAGAUUCGGCAGGGUGUCAGGGAGGUGGUGCUUUGCAAAGACAUGGACGGCAAGAUCGGCCUCCGUCUUAAAGCCAUAGACAAUGGAGUGUUUGUACAGCUAGUGCAAGCAGACACUGCAGCAGCAUUGGGAGGACUACGCUUUGGUGAUCAGAUCCUGCAGAUCAAUGGUGAAUCUUGUGCCGGCUGGAGCAGUGACAAGGCUCACAAGGUUCUGAAGAACUGCGCUCCUGAGAGAAUUACAUUAGCUGUACGAGACAGGCCACUGGAGCGCACUGUAACUCUGCACAAGGACAUGAACGGUCAACUGGGUUUUAUCUUUAAGAAGGGCAAAAUCACUUCCAUCGUGAAGGACAGCUCUGCAGCACGUAACGGACUGCUUACUGACCAGCAGAUCUGUGAGAUUAAUGGACAGAACGUUAUUGGAAUGAAGGACACCCAAGUGUCAGACAUCCUUAAUUCUGGUGGAAACGUUGUGACUGUCACUGUGAUGCCAGUGGUCAUCUUCGAACACAUGAUGAAAAGAAUGUGCAGCAGCAUUAUGAAGUCUCUGAUGGACCAUUCCAUUCCUGAGGUGUGACAUGGACUGAACUGCACCAGGCUUGGACUGGUCAUUUUGGUCAGGGGUCAACCCAUAACACUGGGGGGAGUAAUGUUAUGCAGACAUGCACUGUGUGUGAGUGGCAGUGCACUACAAUAGAGGACUUAUAAAGGAAAGACAUUUUCUUCUUUACUUUUUCGCUGUAUCCCUUACUUCCAUAGUUAUUUACUUCUUGUAGUAGUGAAAUUCGCAGUGUUACUUUAAAUCUGUCAAAAUUUAAAUGACUCCCUUAGUUUAAAAGUAUUUAUGGGUUUUUGACUAGCUGCAAUAUGUAAAUAAACCUGUUCUUUCCAAUGUGUCCAACGUUUAUCUGCUAUAGUCUUAUUACAUUUAUGACUGGGUUGGGAAAUUGAUGAUGUAUGACUUUUGUAUACAAUUUAAAGCCAUAAACCAAGACUUUCCAAUUCUGCUUAAAAAUCUGUUGAAUAUAAGCAAGUAAUAUAGAACAGAUGUUGUCAUCAGAUCAGUACUAAAUUUGUGCAGCAACAUGUGAAGGUAGCCUGCACUUUUAUGUUGCAGAAGUUUGUUGGAUCAAACCCCACCAUUGCCAGGUUAACACCGUUGGGCCCUGCAGCAAGACUCUUAUCCAUCAAUCUCUCACAGUGUAUUCAGUUAGUUGUAAGUUGCUGUGGAUAAAAGUGUCUGCUAAAUGCCUUAAAUGUAAACUUUCUUUGUUGCAGACCACCAGGUGGUUUAGUUGUUCUCUAGUGGAGUCUUUCACUGGAAGACUCAAUCCUGUCAAAGAUGUUAAUCCCUUUUAUCCCUUAUAUGUCCUAGACCCUUUUUGUCUCAUACAUUCUUCUUCUUUUUGAGCUUGCUAAGUAACUGUAAAUAAAAAGCAGAACUAAUCUAACAUAGACGAGUGGACCACUAGUAUUUAUUUUGGGGCAUGUGCACAACUAGAUCAGAAAACAUGCAGAAUACACAGGGCAGCCAUUCAUAUAAAUGUUUAAAGUAUUUAAAUGUAGAUAUAUAGUCAUUUAGGCUACUUUCAACUAAUAAUCUAAUAAUCUGUUAUUAAAUACCAGUUAUAUAUUGCAAGCAUUUCCCUAAAGUAAUUUAAAAGUUUUACACCUGCCUUAUGAUAUUUCAAUAAAU